AUGGCGAGAGAGGGCCCAGAACAACGCAAACAGCGCCUCAUAGCUAACGGCAUCAGCAAGAAAUGGGACAUCAAGCGGCGAAGUAGACGGCCUCGGGGUAUCACAAACACUGGCAACGACUGCUAUCGCAAUGCAACACUGCAGCCAUUCUUCCACUUUCCCCGCUUCGUCAAUUGGAUCAAGCAACACAAGUCUGGCGGUGGAAAAUGGCCUUGCAAUCCUACUGAUAGAAAUCGAAGCCUUGACUUUCUCGAUGCCAUGACGCAGGGCAUUCUUCGAAACGAAAGCUACAAGAACAUGGAUCCAGUACAGAGAGCUGCUUAUGAUAGAAAUCCGAAUGGUGGCACAAUUCGACCUUCAGAUAUGGAAAAACAUGAUCUAAAACAUUACAGCGGAUGCCUUCCUUGUCUAUUGAAGGCGGUUAUCAAAGACUAUUGGAGUGAUGAGAUGGUCGACAACACUGCGCCAUACCAUCCCCAACCUUUUCCGUAUAGUCACGAUUCAUUGUUCAAAUUGUACCAACUUUUCCAGCGCCAAUUCUGCGAAAACCCAGAUGGGUUUUCUGAGGAGCUUAACGAGCUACGAAGAAAUAACCCGUCUAUGAGCCAAGUGGCAAUCGACCGACAUACCCGCUCAGAAAGGCGCAGUAACAUGACUGCACAGCAAGAUGCCGACGAACUGGCCGUACGGAUAUGGGAUGGCAUUGAAUCGAGCUUCAACCUCGAAACAGCAGACGGCCGCCACCGAUCCUCCCAAUUCACCUCUCUCUUCAAACUAACCUACACAAUCUCCAACACCUGUACCACCUGCCACACAACAAACACCCUCAACCCCGAACAUGGCAUCGGCUUCACCCUCGAUCCCCUCCAACAAGACCCGGACACCAUCUCCGCAGCCAUAUCCCGCACCCUAAACUACGACUUCGACCCAGGCAUUCCCUGCAACGCCUGCCGUGCGCCCCUGACCUACGCCAAACGCACAACCCUCAAUGCAACACCAGAGUACCUGCGCAUCGGCCUAAAACUAACCCGCAUCGACCCCCUCACGGGCUCCAAACAGAAAAUCAUGAAUCCCAUCGGUAUAGAUGAGACGCUUGAUUUAACACCUUACAUGGCAAAUCAAGACGCAGAUGCCGAGCCUGUAGUUUAUAAAUUGCACUCUGUGAUAUACCACUCUGGGCAGGAAAUUACAGCAGGGCACUAUAUAGCUGGUGUCAGUGGCGCGCGGAUGCUAGGGCAGAAGCCUCCGUCACCACUGUUUCUGGUGGAUGAUGGGGUGGUGAGGGGAUGGCAUGCGAGGAAUGUUAUGGCGAAGAAUCCUAUUCAUCCAGGGUCUGGGAGGUUCGAUGCGGUGGCGGUUUGGUAUGAGAUUGUGCCGGUUGGUAGGGACAGGCUGCCAAGGGGGUUUUCGGCGGCGGAUAGGUUGUGUUUGGGGGAGGGUAGAAGGAUUGUGGCCAUUUCGCCAAGAUAUCUGCUCGGUGAUUGA